UAGAGGAGGAAGAAUCGAAAACGAUAGAACCAUCCCCACAUCUAAUAGAAUGUCAAUGCUGUGAAAUUUUUCAAGGUCAGGUCUCAUUUUUAACUCACUAGCCAGCCAUGGAUAAGCCGGGCAUACGUAGUUAAUGAAACAAGGCGGAGAACUGAUCUGAAGAAGAAAAUAGCAGACGACUUAUUUGAAAAGAUCCUGGAAACUUUUUUUGGUAAAUACAUCCGUGGAUAAAGAGGUGCUUGAUGAAAAUCGAUAUCGGCUGUUAGUCCCUCCUGAAAUUCAGAACGGUAUGAAAACCUGUGGAAAAGGUGUCGAAAAGAAUGAAGUAUUGUCAAAUUUAUUUGAUAUUGUUUUAUGAAGUUUGUUUCGAGUUUAAACAGAAUGACAGGUAUAAUAAAUCGUAAUGAUGUGUCGAAAUUUUACUUGCUAUUCUCGGCAUGGCCAAAGUACUUUUUUAAAACCUAAUUAACCCCUCUGGAAUACGAGGGAUAUGAUUCUGACGAAACCUGCAAUGUGAUUCCCUCCAUCGUUCCGUGUCAUUUUGCUUUAGAAUUCUAGUCUCUGCAAACUUGUCAUUUACAUUGUUGUAAAUGUUAGAUUGUUGUUAAAUGUUUACAAAUUAUAUAUGUUGUUAAAUAUGUGUGCUUUCGCUGAUUAUAUUGCGUCCAACGCCUUUUAGAAUUCAAGGCUUCAUUUAGAUGGUAGAAAUUAUACAAACUGCUGAACAAUCAAUUAUUUGCUCAAAAGAAAGAGAGAAAAAAAUUUUGAUUGAUUCAUAAAGUCAUCUUAUCUUAAGUACGAUUUUUGCAUUGAAAAUUGUUUAAUUGAACAAUCAACUAAACUAUAAUUAAUUAUCUAGUCAUGGUAAUUGCGCCAACAUUCCAGUACUUUUCAUCUGCUAACAAAAGUUGUCCAAAGUUCUAACGUCCACUGGACUGCAAAUAACCAACCAUCAUGGGAAAUGGAAUGAACAAAGUUCUUCCUGGUCUAUACGUUGGAAACUUCAGGGAUGCAAAAGACCAGGAACAACUCCGAGCCAAUAAUAUUACCCAUAUAAUAUCCAUCCACGACAAUGCAAAAAAAGUUCAUGAGGACAAAGAAUAUUUAUGUAUCCAAGCUGCGGACACUCCGGGGCAGAAUCUCUCUCAGUUUUUUUCAAGAUGUAACGACUUUAUUCAUAAAGCUCGAGCAUCAGGUGGAGGUGUAUUAAUACACUGUCUCGCCGGUGUAUCUCGCAGCGUAACGAUAGCAGCAGCUUACUUGAUGUCCGUUACAUCCUUAUCUUGCAAAGAUUCCCUUAAAGUUCUACGAGGAGCCAGGAGUAUUGCUAAUCCCAACUGUGGUUUUCAAAAGCAAUUACAUCAGUUCGAGUUUCAGAGAUUAACAGAGGAGAGGAGACGUCUCAGGGAAAGAUAUCCGAAGCAGACCUUUCAGAUCGACGAGAAAGAAUGCCGGAAACUUCUCGUCAUUUACCACGCUACUACGAAAUCGAAAGAGCCUUGCGGUGGCAUCUGCAGAAGGUAUGGGCCUCCACCCUCUCCUAAGCGUCGAUCUCCACAUCGAGAUAACCCUAGGUCCUCGUGACAAACGUUUCCGCCUGGCAAAGGCAAACCUUAAAGUAAUGUAUGGCUGAUGAACCCAUGGAGCUCAAGAGUGGAAAGAUAGACAGAUAGACGGGGAUCUUUUUAUUGAACUGUGCGGGAAUAAUUAAUUCUAACUCUUCGAAAGAAAGAAAAAAAAAAUGAAA